AGUACGAUAUACACACAGAAACAGAGGCAUAGCAUGCACUUGUGAGUCAGAGUGCUUCUGUGCGUGUGUGUGGGGGUGCGUAUAAUGUGUGUAUAGAGAGACAGACAGAUAGAGAUAGAAGGGAAAGGAAUUCCACAGACAAAUGGUGCUUACCGUGCUGUAGAGAAAGAUAUUGCUAAAAAAUCUAUCAUGCAAGUGAGAAUUCCAAGAAAGAAGAGGUCGGACAGAGUGUGUGGACAUUGAAAAGGAGGAAAGCGGACCCAGACAUCCAUGAAACCUCUUACACAACUGAUCGAGUGAGUGAUUGAAUGAAUGAUUGACCUGACGGACACAGAAUUCGACCAUCACGGGACCAACAAGAACAUAGUUCACCUUAAAUCUUUUCUCACGGCGGUGCUUUGUGACGUAUCCAACAUCUCGACCUCCAUCUUUCCCAUCCUCCACCCUUCCAUCCAUCUUUCGGCUUCUGGAAACAGGCAGGGAAGUGUUUCCUGCGUCUUCACAUUUGCAACAGGGGCAUCCGAUGCGAUGGGUAGACAGCCUGAGGCAGCAGCAUCAGAGGGACUUUGUGUCCAAAUGCAAGGAGAGACACUAAGAUCUUUUAAAUAAAUCAAAUCCACUGCACACGUCCAAAUCCAGAGAUCUGCUACUAAAAACACAAGACACAUAUAUACAGGUUUCCUGAACAAUCCUCCUUCCUGCCAUUGGUUGGUCAAAGAGAUAGUCCCACCUCAAACUCAUGCCAUUGGUUGAGCCAAUGUUGUUAUUUUAGGGAGGUCAGUAUGCUUAAACAAACAAAGCAUCUGUACAUAAAAAAAUGUGAAGAGAUUUUACUAGGCUGAAAUGUAUUGUAUACCAUAACCACAACCUCUCCUGCCUUAAUACACGCCAGCAGCCAUUUUAGAUUUGGUGGACUUCUGCAAUGUUGCUACACUACAGUACGUUUAUAACAUUACUUUAUAAUAGUUGGACAGAUUGUGAUCAGGUCUUCAAUCUCUUUCCCCACAGUUCUUCUAGGUGCCCCAUAGGACCACAGAAGGCAGCUGGCAGCUAGAGCAAGAGACUGGAAAAGAUGCUACAGGGUUCCAGAUAUCUGCUGUGAAUGGACAUGCUGUCUAGAUCACAGCCUGGCCGAACACUUUCAAACUGCACAGAAUCAGCUCUUAAAAUGUAUUCAUUAGAAUUUCCCCAGUGCUCAUUUUCUUUGCUGUAGAUGACAGGGGACUUUUAAAGUAAUUGUUCCCAAGAGUGCAGUUGUUGUAUCCUCGCAUUAACAUUACCUGAACUCUUUUUUUCCUCCACAGGAAAAGAAACAAAACUACCUAUGAGUCUGAAUAUUUGUGCCAUGUUGGGAAAAGCACUUGAAGGAAGGAAGGUCUGGCAAGACUCCUGAGACACUCUCAGACCUGUCACUUCAUCAAAGAGUGGACACACUUACUGUCAGAGUCAACACAGACUAUUUGUGGAAUUCUGGGCUUUUAAGUGACUGGGAGAGCACCUUCCAGAUCUUUCCAAUGCCACAUGAGCACCUCCCAAAAAAGCCUUUGCUUAUCAGAACACAGGUCAUGGAAGUGUAGCCAAUAUCGAGAAAACUCUAGAACAGAAAAGGGGCAUACCACAACGGGGACCCAAAAAAGGAAAGAUAUUCUGUGUGAUUGUGACACUGAGGUGGAUAAAACUUCUGUAACAAUUGUUGCAUCAGUUCCUUUCUGAAACUCAAUAGGAUUAAACUAAACAAUAUUUAAGAUCUCAUUAUUCUCCUAAACAUAUUCUGUGUUUAGUCCUUUAUUGUAUUUAAGUCAAGAUAUAUAUGACGAAAUUGAUACAUUUGCCAACAUAUCUUUUGAUAUUGAGUGUGACACACUGUGUAGUGUUAUAAUAUCUUUGAAUAUCCUGUUACUUUGUUCCAUUGAGUAUCCUGUAAAUGAACUAUACUGAAUUGUGCAAUAUCAGUGAACAGGGUGUAAGUCAUUGCCUGAAGACUCUUGGAGCCGCAAACUUCCACCUCUCGAAACCCCUGAAGUAGAACAAAGACAUCUGUUGUCCUUCAAGGUUUUUUGUACUCUAGAAGUUCUGCACUGGCUGGAAGUCUUUGUCCAUCUGUGCCACACAUAGACUCAGGGUGAUACAGCCUGUGACCAAGGAGGGACUUUGAGACAGAAAUGGACAAACCCAUCCAUCCUCAUGUCCCCUACAAUGGCUAUGUGUCCACCCCCAGUGCACUGAAGACGUAACCUGCAGGACCAUAAGCUACACACAGAUCCUCUGCCCACAACACCAAGUCAAGGUUUGAAUGUCCUGCCUGCGGCGCCAACCUGUGACCAUCCCCAUGGACACCGUCAAGAUCAUCCGGUCAGAGAAGUUUCCUCUGGAAUGUCCAGUCCCUGUGACCCAGCCUCGCUAUGCCCCACCUCCCCGUGUGGCCUGGGAUGGAGGUGGCGAGGGGGAGGUCAUUGUCAACCAGGCAUGUGGGCACCUGACCAUGGAGGUCAAUGGCAACAACGUGGUCCCAUCCAGAACCCUAGUGUCGCCCCCUGCCCCUGUCUUCUGCCGUGAAGCCAGUUACCGUGCCCAGCGCAAGGCCAGUGCAUCCGACAUCUGCUACCAUCAGUUCCACUACAAGAUGGACAACGUAAUUGUCAACCAGUAUGUGCUCCGCUCUUCCUCCACCUCUUCUUCCUCCUCCUCCACCUCCUCUGACCCGGUAAUGCCAUGCGAACCACUAGACUGUCCCACUUGUGGACACACCUACAACUUUGCCAGCAAGCGGCCACGCAUUCUGUCUUGCUUGCACUCAGUGUGUGAGGAGUGCCUGCAGAUCUUGUAUGAGUCCUGUCCCAAGUACAAGUUCAUCUCUUGCCCCACUUGCCGCCGCGAGACCGUGCUCUUCACUGACUACGGGCUGGCUGCAUUGGCCAUCAAUACCAGCAUCCUCAGCCGGCUGCCAACUGAUCCUGCAGGGACUGUGCAGUGGGGCACCGAUGGUGACCGCAGCUGCUAUCAGACGGUGCGCCAGUACUGUCAGUCGGCUUGCACUUGCCACAUUGCCAACCCCCUCUCUUCCUGUGGCAUCAUGUAGACCAGAAAGGGCAGAUGACCUGCACAACUCAUCCCAAAAACUUUAUCCACAUGUGCCCACCACUUCAGUCACACAGAUUCCCCCUCCCUGAACAGUCACAGAUGUAUCUGUAUAUUUAAUAGCACAGGAUGCUAUGUGGACUUGAAGUGAAAAAGACACUUGUGCGCAAAGAGAGAUAUCAAAUAUAAGAGUAAUGUAUUUUAUGUAUGAACUGAUUUUCCUCUAGCCCUCAAUCUCUUGUUUGGAUGUGUUUGUCAUUGACAUCUCUUUACAUGGGAAUGCCAAGGGAAGUCUAUCUCCCCCCAAAAUAAAGACCAAUAAAGAAUGAAAAGUUAAACUUUUGGUUUGUUUCAAA